AUGCGUACCUCUGCUCUCAUCGCCUUGUCGGCUUUGCUCUAUGCCUCUAGCUAUGUUGCUGCUUCAGCUUGCGGCGGCAGCGGGAAAUCGGUCAAGUCCUCUCAUCGAAGGCAUCACCACCAUCACAAGCAUUCUCAUUCGAAGAAGAAGUCCUCCAAAGGCAAACAAGUCACCUUUGGCGCAUCCGACUCGAAGAAAGUGAAGAGCAAGAAGCCAAAAGAGUCUACUUCCUCGCCAACGAGCGCAACUGCCAGUGCUAGCGCGAGCGCGAGUGCUGCGAGUAGCAGCGCGUCUAUGGGCUCAACCUCGUCCAAUACGACUACAACCUCGUCUAACGCGACGACAUCGAGCACGAGCACCGGUUUGGCUUUCAACACUUCCUUCUUGAAGAAGAAUGGUGUCUACUUUGGCUACUUGCCAGAUGAUGGCUCCGGUGGCGGUACUGCCGAGACGAUGGCUCAGCUCAACGGCGUCAUGCCCAUCAAGGCUGCGACUUAUGGAUACUAUGCUCAAGCACAGUCUGGCACUGCAUUCGACGGACAACAGCUGCUAUGGCGUCUCGACGAUAUCAAGGCUUCAGGCGCGGUCUUUGAGCCUGCAGUGAUGCCCACUGGCGGCUGGCAAGGCUUGACGGCUUCAGACAACUCGCAAGCUGUCAAUAUCGCAAACGUCAUGAAGAAAUUCACCGACGAGGGCAUCGCGGUCCACAUGCGAUUUGCACACGAAGUCAACUACUACCAGACUGACGGCACCUAUCAAGGCACUUCUUCAGACUUCAAGGCAGGCUGGCAAGCAGUGUGCACUGCCAUGCGCCAGAUUGCGCCCGAAGUCAAGCUCUUCUUUACACCCAAUGUUGCCAAUCUGGACCAAUACGACGAAUAUUACCCAGAUGACAAGAGCUGUGUCGAUCUGAUCGGGAUCGAUUACUACCCCAAGGAUUCGUCAGCUUCCUUCGUCGACACGAUGAAGCCUUUCCACGACAAGUACACGACUAGCUCAGGUCCCUACUUUGCAAUCGGCGAGACUGGUCUCGGUUAUGCCGGAACGAUGCAACAACGCAUGGCUUGGGCAGAAGAGAUCACUUCUGCCGCGACAAAGGCUGCCAUGCCCAACUUUGUUUCUGCGAGCUGGUUCAAUUAUCAAAAAGGUCAGCAUGCAUGCAGCCCAAUCGAUGACACUGCUGACUCGCAGCUUAGGGUACGACUUUAA